AUGCGUCGCAAACUGCAGAGCCAACCAACCCUGGAAGAAUCUUCCGCGAAGCUGCAGAAAAUGCCUCCUUUCCCGUCGAGUUCAGCCCGCCGCACACCUAAAACCACGGAACAAUCAACAAACACUUUCGAAUGGAAGCCGACGCACGUUUACGUAUGGUACUUUGGUCGACUCCUCUUUCUGCCCGAGAGCCAAAGCACGGUCAAGCAAGGCCUAGACGUUGAAAAGGCAGGGUUUGCAGCAAACACACGGAUCAGAGAGUUACACGGUCAGCCCGCCAGCCAGUCCAACAGCCCGCCUGCACUGUACCGCACGGUAACCUACACCGUGUACAUCAGCCUCGGCGGAUAUUGA